UUGAGUCCUAGUUAACGUUGGAAUCUGGAUAAAAUUGGAUAUUGUCAAAAGGCAAAAUGGGCAUGAUAAAAAAUGAAUGUAACGAAAUUCGUAGAGGUCAUUUACUAUACUGCUUUUCAGUAUUCUGAGCCGUCUCUUAAUCCUAUUUAGUACACCUUUUUGGCCUAAAUAUUUUUAUAUUCUAACAAGUAGGCUUAGAACAAAUCACACCAUACGACAUUAGUUUGUCAAAGCAGUACAUCAGUUGUUAAUCAAAUCUCAAUCUGAAAUUUUAACCUUUUGCUAAAAUUGCAUUAUCGAGAAUGGAAAACAAUCUGAUGGACCGCGAUUUAUUGCCACACAUAGACUCCUUUCUUCAGCUACGCAAGUGGGUGAAUUUUUCCAUUGACCAAGAAUUUCGCAGCGUAUCGGAGCUUUUUUCUGGAGUCAUAUACUGUCUUCUUGUGAACAAGAUUUUUGAUGAUGUUGUACCUCUCGAGGAAAUAUUUCCCAUUACGGACCAACUUGCCGAAAUCAGAGUAAACUUUGAGAUUCUGCAGACGAGCUUUGAUGAAUUGCAAAUUCCGUUAAGUGUUCCAGUCGACGAUCUGGCCGAGCUUGACUUCUAUGCCAACCUGAGGUUUGCAGCAGAGUUCUACGAUGUCUUUAAGUACUUCUGCCCCAUUUAUGGGAAUAAUACCCUACGUUCUGGUUAAUAACUUAAGGAGUUGGGUAGGGACUAGAGGAACGUCGAGAUUCCAUGUGCAUUUCUAAGUGCAAACAGGAAGGAUUUCCCUUUUAAAAUAAAACAAUUGAAAAUUA